UGCUGGAAAGAGGGGAAAGCAAACAAUUUUCAGGCCCGCCGCGUCUAGCAAAAAAUAUGAGAAAAAAAUUAUAAAAAAUUCGGAAAAUAGUUGAAAGUCAAGAAAAACUCCGUAGAAAGGAUGUUAAGGCUCCUGGGGUGCCUGAGUCCUGGCGGUGUUGAGCACAUAAAACUGGAGAGAGAACAAGCGUCGUUGACAGUAGGUGGGCACCGCGUCCUUGUCCAACCAGCCGCGCUGCCCUAGGGUGCCAUGGCCACGGGAACCCAGGGGCACUUAGACCACGUUCCGGAUAAAGCCAGGCUUGCGGCGGCCACAGGGAGGCGUAAGAGAGCGGAGGGGGGCAAGCCCAGGAAGAACUUCCCCUGUCAGCUGUGCGAGAAGGCUUUCAACAGCGUGGAGAAGCUAAAGGUGCACUCCUACUCACACACAGGAGAGAGACCGUACCGGUGCUCCCAUCAGGACUGCACCAAGGCCUUUGUCUCCAAAUACAAGCUGCAACGGCAUAUGGCGACACACUCGUCAGAGAAAACCCACAAGUGUACGUAUUGUGAGAAAAUGUUCCACCGCAAGGAUCACUUGAAGAACCACCUGCACACUCACGACCCCAACAAGGAGGCCUUCGCCUGCCAGGAGUGCGGCAAGAGCUACAACACCAAGCUGGGCUUCAAGCGUCACCUGGCCCUUCAUGCGGCCAACAGUGGAGACCUCACCUGCCAGGUGUGCCUUCAGCCGUUCGCCAGCACCGGCCUUCUCCUGGAGCACCUUAAGACCCACGCCGGCAAGUCCUCGGGCGGCACCAAAGAGAAGAAGCAUCGGUGCGAGCACUGCGAGCGCCGCUUCUACACACGCAAGGACGUGCGCCGCCACAUGGUGGUGCACACAGGCCGCAAGGACUUCCUGUGCCAGUACUGCGCCCAGCGCUUUGGCAGGAAGGACCACCUGACGCGCCACAUGAAGAAGAGCCACGCCCGUGAGCUGCUGAGGGUCAAGACGGAGCCGGCUGAUUCGCUGGACUCACCCUUUUCCUGCGGGCUAGCCGGAGGCGUCAAGGGCGAGCUGGCCACCAUGUCGACGCCACACAGGCAGCUCCAGCUCAACCUGUACGGUGGCCCUCUGCUGCCACAGCACCACUGCCCCACCAUGCCCCCCCUGGACACAGCCCAACCCCCACACCCCUUCCCCCUAAAGUACCAGCUGGGCUCUAAUCUUACCUCAUACUCCGUCUCCACUCUGGAGAGGGAGCAACAUCUAAAGGGAGAACUGGAGACAUAUCUGAUGGAACUGCAGAGCGGCAUGCCGUCCUCCUCGGCCGAGGGGGCUCAGCUAUCCUCCGCCUCCAAACUGGAGUUAGACUCCCAGGUGGGCUCGUUGGAUGAGACCUCGUCUGACGAGGCAUCUCUGUCCAAAAUCUCGGCGGCAGCGGGCGAGUCGCUGGCCUCCUCCUCAUUGCUCGAUUUCUCACAGCUCUUCAACUUCCUGCCCUUGAACAGCCCUCCUUAUGGGCACCAGGUGACAGCCGGUGGGGGUCUAGGCGGGGUCUCCUUCCCGCCAGAGGAGGCACUGUCUCUCGUCCAGCUUCCGCCCCAGCCCCUGGAUUCUCAUGAGGUGACAGGGAGCGGGGAGGAUGUAAGCCCCCUCCACAGCCUCUCCUCCUCCUACACCUCUAACCUGAGCACAACCACCACACUGCCCCGCUUUCACCAGGCCUUCCAGUGACACAACACAACACACACGCAUGCACACACACUUACACACGUACAGUAAACACACACAGGCGGAUAAAAAAUGAUAUUCUGCAAAUUAUUAUUUUCAUGCCAGUAACACAUUUUUGAAUAUGUCUGCACAAAACUACGACGUAAUAGCACUUCUGUUCAACAGUUAUGGGAUUCUACACAUACAGAUACAGUAUAUUAGAUGUAUGGGUGUGUAUCAGCACUGACAUAUACCACAUACACAAGUCAUUUGGCUCAACCACAUAGCUCAAGCCAUGGGCUAAUGGUUGACAUUUCAUGUGGUUCGUGUCAACAAUACUAUAUCUUCACCGCCCUUGCAAAUUCACCACUAUAAUGUUCAUGACCAACACAGUCCAUUUUAGUUCAAACAACAAUUAAACAUAACUAGGGUUUUGGAGUUUUACAUAGAGGAAUUUAUUUAGGAAUGUGAUUGCAGUGAUGUAUUUCUACCAAUCUAUAUUCUUAACCCCCAUUGCCUUGGAGUAGAUUGAACCUAGUAUGUCGAUUUAACCAUAUUUUCAUAUAGAACUUUGUACUUUUGUGUGAUGUUGAAUGUCCUCACCGCUAACCAUUUUUUAAAAAUGUCUUUAUCUCUUUGUUUUGUUUUAAGAUUUAUAGCAAUGCAAUCAUAUGUUUUUAGACAUAAGGUACUGAAAAGCGCCUUGUGGAAUGUAGUGUGAGAAUCAUCCCUGUUCCCCAUCAAAACCAAAGUCCACCAAAUAUCGACUGAGUUGCCAGGCAGAAUAGUGUCAUGGUAUCGCUGAUGGUUGUAAAUGUUGCUGCUGCCUAGUAGUUCCCCUAUAGGCCGAUGGGAUAACUCAGCUACAGAUAGACUAAGUUGUUCGUCCUCAUUUCAUUUGAUUUCAUAUAAAAGGGACAAGAUAAUAUACCAUUUUUAUGGCAAGAAUGUAAUCGUAGGCCUGAUUCCAUUUCGGCCCCUAGCCCUUCGCUGCUUCAUACCCCUUGGUCAAAAUUGCUAAAGGACCGAAAUGGAACCAGACAGUAGAAACAACAUUAAAGCACUGCUACAUAACUAGGGUCAAUUUGUCUUUCCUCAUUCUACCGGUUUUAGUACCGGAUAUGAGGUUAGAAAUAGUUUGGGGAGCUUUAACUCAAUCAUUGCCUGGCUACCCAAACACCUAGCUCCGGCCAAACGCUAUUGGCCUGAGCACCUCCCCGACGGUUUCUAGAACGCAAACUUAUUCUAACUGUUCUGAUUGUCCCAGAAUCGGAUGGGUUGGGCCAGAGCCAGAACACACGUGAGUAAAGCGGCGUUUAGAAAAUUGAUCAUUGGCUUUGAUACUCCGAUUGGUUAAAGAUGAUCCAAUUGCUGAGGAUUUUGUUUCGUAAACAGACCCCAUUUUGUCACCACAAACAACUUCAACAAUGGCAGUCUCAGACUGAAGUAUGUAGCGAACAUAGAGCAGCGGAAGAAUUCCAUUUGAGUCGUUAGGCAAACCAUGCAUCAAAUCAAGGAUAAUGUUAGCAAUAUUCAAUCCGCAGGAAACAGUGUAGUUGAACCACCAGUUGCAAAGAGAAAUAUGUCCAUUGUGCAGUUUGAAGAGCUAGAUGGGUAUCUUUAAAUAGGUAUCUGGACACUUUGUAUGAGUAUGCUAAGGUUUGUGUGAGCCUAGGGCUAGUAUGUGAUUGCAGAGGAGAGGACCCUCACGCAGAAAAUCUGGGAGGCUGUGUAGAGCGGUCAGAACCGAACUGCCUGUUACAACUCAUCUAGGUGGUGCGAUGGAUUAGUCAUGUCUGAAUGUGUGAAUGGGAGAUUUGUGCCUCACACAUGCAGACAUUCAGAGUAGUGAAUGCAAAAGCACUUUUAAUGUAAUAUGUGACACAUUGUUCCUUCACUCAGAGCAAAGGGAUGUCCUAACUUUACAUUUCAAGUCAGUAUCCAGUAAUCCAAGAUUAUCUUCAAGGCCCAUAAUACAAUUACAAUAUUUUGGUUUUUAUUUUAUUUAUUUCAUUUUGUGUUUUUUUAUUAACAAGUAAAUACAAUAUUACAGCCAGCCAGAUUCCUCUUGUUAUACUAUUCACAAAGAAGGAACCCUCUCAAAUAUAAGUUUACCGACCAAUGGCAACCAGCAUAUCAGCUCAGUACAGAAAAUGCUUCUCUACAAAUGCUGAGACAGAAACACAGCUACUUUAGCUUACCAGUACCUGAAGUAGCCCCUUAGCGCCAAUUUAAACAGUUGUUUUGACAUUGUAUGGAAGGUUUAGAUAAAGUACUGUAUUCUACACCUCUGCGUGAUAUGAACUUGGCUGGAGUUCAUACUUGGCCGUCACGGUUGAAGAGUGUUCAUGAAGGAUUUGGUUUUUAGUGUCUCUAAAUGAUCUUGUCAAUUUUGUACGAUGUGUUGUAUAGUGCUGUAUGAUAUAGAAACUAGAGGAAAAUCCCAGCAAUGAUGAAAUAUGGAUGACUGGUCUGGUCUGGUCAAGAAGUGACAUUCCCAGAAUUGUCUCUGAGCGAGAUGCUGUAACACUGUGCUGAGAGACACUGACCCUGCUGCUGUCAAACAGUUCCUGAACAACUACAAUACAAGUCAAAAGUUUGGGCACACCUACUCAUUCAAGGGUUUUUCUUUAUUUUCACAAUUUUCUACAUUAGUGAAGACAUCAAAACUAUGAAAUAAU